AUGUCCCCUGAGGAUUACAAUGUCAAAAAGGUAUUGAUGUUUCUCAAGUUCAACAGUAAUUUCUCAUAUCAAUAUUUGAAUGAGUGUAUUUACUGCUUAACUAGUGUUGGUGUUACAAUUAUGACAUCAACUCUUAGCUAUUCUUUUCUCUUUUAUACAAGAGCUUUAGGACUUCCUACUAAAUUAGCUCCAUAUCGAUCUGACACAGUUUACCUGGCAAUGAUAGCUACUACGCUAUCCCAAUAUGAAUAUGUUCUUAUAUGUGAUAAAUCCAACAUCCGAGUGUCUGGAUCACCACAAAUACAGUUCAACAGAUUGUUGACAAUGGUUGACAACAUUGAUCGUACCCAUCAUGUGUUAAAUGCGGGCGUGGGAACAAAGCCAAGAAUGAACAGAUAUCCAGCAACAUUGUUGCCUUGCUCUGUUCCUGCCACUCUGUCCCAGUCAUUGCCUCGUUGGGCAAUCAACGAUGAAUAA